AAAAAUGAUUAAAAGAGGGGCGUAUAGCACAAAGCAAGUCACUUGGUGAUUGCCGGCAGCAUAAUAGCACUAUAUGAAGGCUCUUGUUGAGACACGAAACACAGAGAAAUGGAAGCAGCGUGGAUCACAAUUCUGGUACUGAUAUUCAUCCUCUCUCUGAUAGGCGCAUGGAAGUUGCUGAACUGGUUAUGGCUCACACCCAAGAGACUAGAAAGGCUUCUGAGAGAGCAAGGCCUUCAAGGCAAUCCAUACACGCUUCUUGUUGGGGACUCCAUGGAGGUUAUCAAGAUCAGAAAGGAAGCCUUAUCCAAACCUAUCACUCUCUUCUCUCAUGACAUAGUGCCGCGUGUCUCUUCCUAUGCUCAACACACUCUCAACAAACAUGGCAAAAAUUCUUUUAUCUGGUUUGGACCAAUACCAAGGGUGACCCUCACAGAUCCUGAGCUAAUCAAAGAAGUACUCAACAAGAUUUAUGACUUUGGAAAGCUUAAAUUGAAUCCGCAUGUCAAAUUACUAGUUCCUGGUCUUGCAAGGCUGGAGAGAGAAAAGUGGAGCAAGCACAGAAAGAUAAUCAACCCCGCAUUCAAUUUAGACAAGUUGAAGAAUAUGUUACCACUAUUCAUCAAAUGUUGCGAUGAUCUGAUUAGUAAAUGGGAGGGAAUGUUGGCUUCAGAUGGAUCAAGUGAAAUCAACGUAUGGCCUUUCCUUCAGAAUUUGGCUAGUGAUGCUAUUUCUCGAACAGCAUUUGGAAGUAGUUAUGAAGAAGGAAGAAGAAUAUUUCAACUUCUAAAAGAGCAAACUGAACUUACAAUGAAAAUUAUACUCAAAGUUUAUAUCCCUGGAUGGAGGUUUGUACCUACUACUACUCAUAGAAGGAUUAAGGAAAUAGAUAGAGUUAUAAAAGCUUUGCUUAUGGAUAUGAUUAACAAGAGAGAGAAAGCGCUAAAGGCGGAUGAAGCCACUAAAAACAACUUGUUAGAUAUACUUCUGGAGUCAAAUCACAAGGAAAUUCAAGAACACAAAAAUAAUAAGAAUGUUGGAUUGAAUCUUGAGGAAGUUAUUCAGGAAUGCAAGCUAUUUUACUUUGCAGGGCAGGAGACCACUUCAGUUUUGCUUGUUUGGACAAUGAUAUUAUUGAGUAGGUACCCUGAUUGGCAAACACGCGCAAGGGAGGAAGUCUUAAAGGUUUUUGGAAACCAAAAACCAAAUUUUGAUGGACUAAGUCACCUUAAGAUUGUUACCAUGAUUUUGUACGAGGUUCUUAGGUUAUACCCACCGGCAAUUGGUCUUGUUCGAAAAGUUAACAAAGAUGUGAAACUUGGAAACCUAUCAUUACCUGCUGGAGUGCAGAUUUCCUUGCCAAUAGUUUUGGUUCACCAUGAUUGUGAGCUUUGGGGCGAUGAUGCUAAAGAGUUCAAACCGGAGAGAUUUUCUGAAGGACUUCUAAAGGCCACAAAUGGAAGGUUUUCAUUUUUUGCCUUUGGAGGGGGUCCUAGAAUAUGCAUCGGACAAAACUUUUCCUUUUUGGAAGCAAAGAUUGCUUUGUCGAUGAUUCUACAACGUUUCUUGUUUGAACUUUCUCCAACCUAUACUCAUGCUCCAACUACCGUUAUUACUCUUCAGCCCCAAUAUGGUGCUCAUCUCAUUCUAAGAAAGGUGGAAAUAUAAAAAAUUAACAAUUAGCUCAUAUUGUUUGGUUUGUAUUAUACUCUUGAAAAGUUUAUAAUGUAAUAAUAUCUCAAGAAAUUCAAUAGACACAAACCUUUUCAUAUAAGUAUUAUUAGUUUAUUUUCUUUAGUAUUAAUGUAAGAAAUGCUUAUGAUUUCUUGUAAGCACACAAAUUUAGCUA